CAAGUUUUUAAUGGCACUUCCAGAACCUUUAAUAAGCGGAAACGAAAUUUGGAAUCAAACGCGUCAAGUUUCUACGGACAAAGUAUCUCGUAUUAGGAAAAAAAAUGACCCUUUACCUCAACCUCCUCAAGAUGAAGGUUAUUACUUACGAAUAGCUAUUACAACUCUAGACAAAAACCGUCGUGAUCCAGUUUUCAAAUUCAAAGCCAUUCGUACCUAUAAUGAAUUCGACCGAUUGUAUAAUUCUUUAGCUUAUUCUAAUCCGGAAUGCAUUGUCCCCGCUCUGCCCUUUCCUACGACUAGUUAUCAGGGAACUGAAGAGGACGAACGUAGGGUAAAGAAGGCAAUGCAACAAUGGGUAGAUCGCGUGUCAAUGAAUCCUAUAUUGUGCCACGAUGAAGAACUCAGGUCUUUUAUCGAGACCGAUUUCGCUGUGAAUGAUGAUAUGAAUUUGGCUCAAGCUAAGUCAAUCUCAAAUAUGCUUGAAGGUCAUUUUGUCGAUGUCGCUAAAAAAAAAGAAUUUGACAUUAGACAUUAUCAUUAUACAAUUAUUUGUACCAUGCAGUCUCAUAUAUUAAGAUUAAAAAAUAUAUUGAAUGUUUUAGGUUUGGCCAUAUGUAGCACAGAAUGUGGUGUCAAGUCCCAAGCUUUGGGUACUGUUGAAAAACAUCCGCCAUUACUUGGUAAGACACUUCAAAUUAUUGGUGAAUUACAAAAAUCACAAGCUAUUAGUGAAGCUGCAGCUAUCGGUGAUUUCUUUAGUUAUUAUGCAGUUAAUGCACAUAUAGAAACUUUGGCAAAUCGUCUUAGAAUAAUUACAGAACAUGAGAAUGCAGUGAAAGCCACCAUAAGUAAAAAACGGUACAUGGAACGUUUAAAAUCUUCUACAUCAAUAAAGUCUGAUAAAGUUGAUGAAGCGUUGAAAGAUUUUAAAUAUACCGAAAAUUACGAACAAAACCUUGAUGCACGUGUCAAACGUGUAACAAAAAACCUUCAUUCAGAAUUGCAAAAUUAUGAAGAUAAUCGUACUCAAGAUUUCAUCAAAGCCAUCAAAGAAUAUGUGCACAAACAAAUCUUGUUUGAAAGACAGCAGCUGAAAGAAUUGGAAAAUUUGAGGCCUGAUAUUAAUGCUAUUACGAGACGAAAUAUGAGUAAUUAUAUGCUUGGAGAGGAAGAAAUUACACCACGUGCUGUUGCAGAAAAACUUAACAUACGCUAA